AUGCAGUGCUCCAUAGCAUACGGUUGUGCAAUUCUUUGCCUCAGCUGUUUAAUUGCAGUUGAAUCUAAAAGGAAGAAGCCUAGUGGUGGCGGUGGCCAGGGUACUGGACAAGGAGUCACUCGAGCUGAAUUUGGGGAGCUGAAAGAAGCAAUACAACUCUUGAUUGAAAGCAGCGAUGCCUUGAAAACGGAACUGAAAGAAGAUUCUGCAAGCAUAAGAGAUGAGGUGUCAAAUCUGAGGGAUGACGUGUCUAAUCUAAGAGAUGGUGAAUCUGAAAAUAUUGCUAGUAUCAGAGAAGAGUUGUCCGAUGUCCGUGACAAUCUUGUCGAACUGAAAGAAUCGAUGGCAGAAAUGAAGAGCGAAAUAUCAAAUGACAACACUGAGAAAGCUGAUACUGAAACGAAGACUAAUGUACCACUGUUUGACUCAGAAGUUUGCAACAAGUCCUCCACAAUGUUCCAAGAAAUUAAAGAUCAGCUGAAAGGUUGCCAAAAAGAUGCGUUAACAACCGAAAGUCGUUUCAAUGUUCCCGCCAGUUCUGAAGUUUGUAACAAAUCAUCAAGGAUGUUUGAAGCCAUUAAAGAACAACUAAAUAACUUCCGAUGCCCGGAAACCACGGAGAAUAAUGAAGCAAAUGGAAAAUUCAACGAGUCCACAUCGGGGACAGAAUCGUUGAAGGAAGAUCUUGAAAUGAUGAUUCGGGAACAAAUGAAGAAACUAGUAGAGACGUGCAGGAUAGGAUCAGAUGAUCAAACAUAUUCAGGAAUGGACAACAUUGUAGCUGUGUUGCAACAGAAGAGGUACAAGGCAAGGUUUGACCUGACAACAUGGGAGAAUGAGACACGAUACGCUGAAUAUAGAACAUUUGACAUUAAUGAUGAAAAGGACAAAUACCGGUUGAAUAUUUAUGGCUAUAGUGGAACAGCAGGUGAUUCAAUGAAAGGUGCCAAUCAUGACCAAUUCUCAACCAAGGAUUCUGAUAACGAUGUUGACAAUAGACAUUGCGCUGUGGUUUAUCAAGGGCCUUAUUGGUAUGGAAGUGGUUGUGGUGGUGCAUUUGGAUCUGUUUUUGGUGCCCAUAUCGACCCCUUCCAACUUAGAGCCUGUCUCAAUGGUACUUGUGCUAAGUUUGGUGACCAUAGUUGA